AUAUGUUCUGUUGAGACGAAGUACUAUCUACAGUGCGUUCCCUGAUAUGCUCAGUGUUCACACGGUCUCGUCAAAAUUGCAAAUAGAUGUUAUCACUUCAUAGAUCUGUGUACUGUAGAAGUAUUCGUAAAAAUUUGAUGCUGGAAGACGAUGCGAAGAGUUACAGACUUACGCCGUUCAUUAUCACAUUCUCUGAUGCCGGCUUAACAUCCAUUGACAUGGAGAAUUUCAUUGAAAUGGGAUUACGUAUCAUUAGAUUCACAAUGUCGAAGUUAACUCACAACGACAAGAUUACAUUAUUAGCGAAGUUUCGAGAAGCAUGUAAAGUGUACUGCUCCAAAUAUGGCGUGGACAAUUGGCCAAUUGCGAUUUCUAUCGAUGUUCCUAACGCGUGUAUUAAAACUGGCAGUUUAAAUAAUGAAUUAGGAGUGGAUGAAAUAAUAUUGGAAGAUAAUAGUAUGAUAAAUGUAACAUGCAAUAAGAAAUAUUGGAACAAAUGCAGUAAAGACAUAAUAUUUAUGGAUGACCCAUUUACCUUCCCAUCAAUAAAACUCGGAACCGAAAUAACGUUAGGCUGUGGCAAAGUGGUUAUGUUUUGUAUUCAAAUAAUUAAUAAGGAAACGAUUAAAUGUAAAAUUGUCCAAGGAGGUCGGUUAAGUGAAUUGGAAGCAUUUUGUGUGCGAGGUGUCAGGCAUGUAAAACCACCAUUAUCUAAUUACGAUCUGAAGAUGAUUGAUUUUGCCAAAGAACACAAACUUGACAUCAUCAUUAUGAAUUCAGUUCGAUAUCCAAUAACUUUAACUCGAGUCAGGAAAUUAUUUAAGAACCACCGAGUGCCGCAUAUUAUCAGUACUAUAUGCGAACAGGAAGGCUUGGACAACAUUGACGAUAUUAUAGAGAUGUCUGAUGGAAUAAUAUUAGCAAGGGAAUUUUUAGCCUAUGAAAUUGUUAACCAGUAUCGAAUGGUUGCUAUACAAAAGCAAAUUAGUGGAAAAUGUAAACUGAGGGGGAAACCAUUCUUUGUUUCUGGCAACAUUUUAGAGGAAAGUCUAAAGAAAGGUAUAAUAACGGAUCGCGACCUAUACGAUAUCACGAACACUGCUAUGGAUAACACUGGCUUUAUAUUAAAGGAACUUCAUGAUCCUUCGCAUUUAUUAGUUGCUAUGGAUAUUUUGGAUUCAGUUUGUAGAUCAGUGGAAUCUACUAACAGAGAUGCGGAUUUUUGGAGAAUUUUAGACGAGCUGAAGAUGCCAGUGAAUGCUGCAGAGGCCUGUUGUCAGGCUUGUGCUCUAGUGGCGAGACAGACCAAGUCUAAAGUGAUCAUCGUACCAACAGUAAGCGGGAAGACCGCGCGAUGCUUGUCACACAUCGCGCCAGAAGUCACCAUAUUCACGAUAACAUCAAAUCCCGCUACUGCAAGAAAAUUACAACUAUACAGAGGAAUUUUGUCUAUUAUUUAUAAUGCAAAUAAAGAUCAAAGUUUCGAAGAGGCAAUGGGGGAUCGUGUCAACUUUGCUGUGUGUUACUGCAUUACUCGUAACAUGUUAAAUUACAAAGAUACGUAUGUUGUAUUAAGAAGAUCUACAAUGUAUUGCGCCUACCCGGACAAUCUGAGUGUGGGUACAGUCAAUACAAAAUCACAUACAGUUUUACAAUGUCCUUCUGCAAAAGUUAUCACUUCAUUACUUUAAGUAAUAAAAACGACAAUCAUUUUGGUUAUGGUACCUGUAUGAGUUAUAAUUUGGUUAAAAAACUAUAGGUUUUGAACCCGUUUA